GGCAAAGCGGCGUUACGCGGGCGGUGAAUCAUCCCUCUCUGCCCGGUGGAGAACAUUCAACUUUCUGAACGGCUGUGCCACGACAUGAGUCGCACCUGAAGGUACCGCAUCUUCGGAGCGCCAGCGAUAUGCACUGAGGAUCGAGUAGGAGAGAGCACUUGUUUCCUGAGGACGUCUGAGAUUCAAGGAGAAACCAUGAGGCUGCAGCAGAGGAGUCCGGGAUUGGUGGCCGUGCUGGUCUUCAUCACCUGUGUUUGUGCCUUUUAUACGACUACAGCCAUCGACAUCCCACUGGAGGUUGAGCAGCUGCCCACCAUCAUGGCUCAGUCGCCCAGCUCUCUCAUCGCCUUCCCGUUUGACGAGAGCUUCCCCAUGACGUGUGAAGCCAAAGGGAACCCUGAGCCAGAAUUCAGAUGGACUAAGAAUGGCCAGGAAUUCGACCCCUCUCUAGACCCCCGGUUGAUGAAAGAGGAGAAUUCUGGGACCUUUGUGAUACCCAAUAAUGGGAACCUUACAGAGUACCAGGGAACCUAUCGCUGUUACGCCUCAAACAAACUGGGGACCGCCAUAUCGAAGGAGAUUGAGUUCAUUGUGCCCCAUGUUCCGAAGUUCCCUAAAGAAACACUUGAACCUCUCGUGGUGGAGGAAGGCCAGCCUUUUAUUUUACAAUGUAAUCCACCGAAAGGAAUACCUCCCCUCCAGAUCUACUGGAUGACUAUCAACCUCCAGCACAUCGAGCAGGACGAGAGGGUGUCCAUGGGCCUGAACGGAGACCUUUACUUCUCUCACGCCGUGGAGAAGGACAGCAGGAGGGACUACUGCUGCUUCGCCGCCUUCCCCAGAAUACGCACCAUCGUUCAGAAGAACGCCAUGUCCGUCGUUGUGAAGACGAAAAACAGUGGCAUGAGUCCUGAGGCUGCUAAUGCAAUCCAUGAGAGGAAACCCUCUCUUCUGAUGCCCUCUGGUGGUGGCAGAUCAGAGACACGGCUAGUCAAAGGAGAGGACCUGAAAUUGGAAUGCAUUGCUGAGGGAUUUCCAACUCCACAGGUUGAGUGGGUGAAGAUGGGUCAUCAGCUCCCAGUCAAAGCCAAACUGGGGAAUCAUGGGAAACUGCUGUUUGUGCCGGAAAUUGACCAGGAAGACGGCGGGAAGUACAUGUGCAAGGCCAAGAACCAACUGGGAGAAACCGUCCAUUACUUCACACUGACAGUGGAAGAGCCUCCGGAGUGGGUGGCAGAGCCUGAGAGUCAGCUCAGCAUGAUCGGCUCCGACGUGCUCAUCAAGUGCUCGGCCAGCGGGAACCCUCAGCCGACGAUAACGUGGAGGGUGAACGGCGAACCUCUGCAGGGGGCCAACAGGAAGGUGUUUGAUGACACCAUAGUUUUGCACAACGCCAAAGAGUCUGACAGCGCCGUCUAUCAGUGCGAGGCCUCCAACAAGCACGGGACCCUUCUGUCAAACGCAAACAUCAUGAUUAUGAAUCUGCCCCCAAUGAUUCUGACCAAGGAGGGGGAGGACUACUCUGCCGUGGAGGAGAAGGGAGUGAUGAUGCACUGCACGGUCUUCAGCUCUCCUCCUUCUACCAUCACUUGGAGCAAAGACGACUCCCCUGAAUCCGUGGAUGGGCCGAGGUUUUUCGUUCACGACAACGGCUCGCUGGAGAUCUACAGCGCCGAGAAGGAGGACGCGGGACAGUACACGUGUUUGGCCAAAAACACAGAGGGAUCGUCCGGCGUCGAUGCCAUGCUCUACGUGAAAGAUCCCACCAGAAUAAUGGCAGCCCAGGAGGACCUGCAAGUCUUAAUAGGUACCACGGCCCAGCUCUCAUGCCUCGCAGAGUACGACAAGUCCUUCAGCAACGACUUUGAGCUCCUGUGGGAAAAAGACGAUGUGGCGAUAGGCCUCAACCACACUGAGAAUUCAAGAUACUUUGUGGAGGACGGUAUCCUCCAGAUCAUCAACGUGAGCCACAGGGACCAGGGCAUGUACACGUGCGUGGCGAGAACCCCGGUGGACCGAGACACGGCCUCGGCACUGCUCAUGGUGCUAGACGUCCCCAAUGCACCCGAGUACUUGGUACUGUCUGAACACAAGAGCAAAAGUGUGAAACUGAAAUGGAUCCCUGGGGACGAUCACAACAGCUCCACCAUAGAGUUUAUCAUUGAGUACGAGGAGAGCCAGUGGGAGCCGGGGAACUGGAAGGAGCUGCUCCGCGUACCUGGCAACCACAACCAGGCCGUGCCCAAGCUCCACGGCCACGUGGACUACCGCUUCCGCGUGUCCGCCGUCAAUGACGUGGGGAGGGGUCCUCCCAGCGAGCCCACGGAGAGAUACAAGCCCCCUCCAGCAGCCCCUGACAAGAACCCAGAAAAUAUCAAAAUCGAAGGUCAUUUGCCAUAUGAAAUGGAUAUCAACUGGGAGCCCCUGCUCCCCAUUGAGCACAACGGCCCUGGUUUGGAGUACAAGGUGAGUUACAGGAGACAAGACGUGGAGGAGGACUGGAAGGAGCACAUGGUGAAGAGACACUCGUUUGUGGUGAACAACACUCCGACCUUUGUGCCCUACGAGAUCAAGAUCCAGGCCAGGAACCACCAGGGCUGGGGCCCCGAGCCCAGGAUAGUGACCGGCUACUCAGGGGAGGACUUUCCCUCUGCUGCACCCAAUGAUGUAGUUGUGGAGGUGAUGAACAGCUCAGUGGCCAAGGUUAACUGGACGCGUGUACACAAGGACAAGUUACAUGGACAUCUGGGAGGCUACAGGGUAAACUGGUGGCGUCUGCGCAGUCUGGCCGACAUAAAGAAAAGCCACGGAGACAAGCACAUGCUGGCGUUCCCCGGGGACCGCAGCCACGGCAUGGUGCCGGGACUGACGCCCUUCUCCGAGUACAGCCUCAUUGUCAUGACCUUCAACGGGCGGGGCAACGGCCCCGGCAGCCACCCCCUCAACUUCAAAACCCCAGAGGGAGUCCCAGAGAAAAAUCCUGUUUUCCGGGUCACGGAUGUACAGAAGCACACCGUCUCUCUGCUCUGGGCCCCGCCAUCGGAGCCUAAUGGAAUUCUCACCGGGUACCUCCUCGAGUAUCAGCUCAUCAACGACACAGAGGAAGUGGGGCCACUGCAGAAGGUGAACAUCAGCAAACCCGACACCACCAAGUGGAUCCUACGCGACCUGGAGCCCCUGAGCAAAUACAAGCUCUACCUGCGCUCCUGCACCACGGUGGGCUGCGGGCCUGUUGUCAGCGAGGAGUGCACCACCACCCUAGAAACAAGUCUGGCCAGCGUCCACGGAGGAAUAUCCACCCAGGGCUGGUUUAUCGGCCUGAUGUGCGCCAUCGCUCUCCUCACCCUCAUUGUGCUGAUCGCCUGCUUUGUCAACAGAAAUAAAGGAGGGAAGUAUUCUGUGAAAGAAAAAGAGGACCUUCACCCAGACGUGGAGUCCCAGGGCAUGAAUGACGACACAUUUUGUGAAUACAGUGACAACGACGAGAAGCCACUGAAGGGCAGCCAGCACUCGCUGAGCAGAGAGAUCAAAGCCGGGGACAGCGGGGACAGCCUGGUGGACUACGGCGACGAGGACGUCCAGUUCAACGAGGACGGCUCCUUCAUCGGCCAGUACGCCGGGCGCAAGGAGAAGAGGGCGUCCGCCGAGAUCAAAGCCACCACCACCAUCCAGACCCCGGCGUGAGGAGAGGAGCCGCCAUUCCCCUCCAUCGUGUCCCGGACAACGUUCUCAUCAAACCCUUCUGGGGGGAAACAAAUUAAAGUGGAAAACAGACACGAUCCAUACCGAGCACACACAUUUGGUGUCAAAUGUAAUGCGUCAUUGCCGACUGCACACUGCCACCCUCAUUUUAUACAGCUCUGUUUUUGUCAAGUCGCAACAGGAUGACCAUUACUAAAUAAUGUGUAUAUAUAGUGUAUAUUGUAUGUGCGGAGUGUCUUUUUUUAUAAUUAUUAUUACACAAAAAAAAUGUAGAGGGCUCUGAUUUUAUUUUAUUUUGUUCUCCAUUACUUCAGCUGCGGUACUGUUUGUACAAAUGUUAGGAACAUUUCACUCUCCACUGCACAUCAUUAUAUGCAGCUUUGCCUCUCAGAUAAGUGGGAAUAUCAAGUUGAUAUUUUUCAAUUGCAGCUGACUAUUACUGACCUUUUAUAUUCUAAAUGGAUUCAUUAAAUAUGAUGGAAGAUGUAUAUAAAAGGAAGCUUAUUAACUUAUUCUAUCCAGUGGUUCUGUACCCGACAAAAUAACAAGGACAUUUACAUAUCACAAACAGCGAGUCAUCAAUCUCCCUGUGAUGUUAGAUGGAUAUAAAUGCUACUACACAUAAUAGCUACAUUUCAUUUUUUCUUCUGACAGAAUAAAUGACGGGCCUCAGUCUGUGCUUACUGUAAACAGCUCCGUACACUGCCAAACCAGAUACGGAAGAUAUUCAAAAAUGUAACCCAUUUUACAUUAUUAUUUAUCUGUUUAUUAGAAAUUGUUGUGUAAUCCAGUUGAUCACUUUUAUAUCCGAAUUUGUAUUAAAGCACCAUUACAUUUGAAUCCAGUUUAUAGACAGAAUAUUUUACAAUGCCACUGUUGCCGAUAGCCGGUAUGUUAAAUGAAGUUGCUCUGAAUACUGAAGAGUAAUGUUGGGUUCUGAGAAAUAAUUUGACAAUUUGGGAAAUAUGUCUAUUCGCUUCUCACAUGUUUGUACGGUAAAUAUGAAUUUACGGCUAGCAGCCGGUUAGCUUAUCCUAGCAUAACUGGAAACCGUCAUCCCAAAGGAUAGAAAAUCUGUCUACAAAUCCAUAAGCAUGAUAAUAAUAUUUCCCAAAUCAUCAAACUAUUCCUUUAAAGCAGUUCUGGAGCUUUUUAGUAUUGUACUCCAAUAAUGUUUGGAGGACCUGCACUGAGAUAUGUUUUUUAUUGAAAUGGUAAAAGAGGAAGCGGCCCCUAGUUUGGGACAAAAAACUAGAUCCUACACUUCCCAUAAUUCAACUUGUCGGAUAAACACCCAAGCCUUUCGAAUUCCCUGCCCCCUGUUUGUAACGCAGUAAUUUGCGGUCCAAAUGGAGAUAACCCCAGUGACAUCACUGUGACAUCAUCAUCAGUUUUCUUGACAAAGCACCUCCAGAGCCACAGAACAUUAUACAACUGUAUUUGUCCACUAAAUAGUACUCUAUAUGAUCAAUAAAAAGUUUUCCAUGUGUGAAUUGGUGGAGUGCCCCUUUAAGAAGAAAGCGCACAGCACCUCUAAUGGUAUACACUUUUUUUUUUGUAAUCAGAUUACUGUAAUCAGGUUGUGUUCUGAGAUGAAAUAGACUGUAGUCAACGUUACAUCAGUCUUAACAAGCCUUACUCUGUUACUUCCAAUAUACUGCCAUUCAAAACACAAUCACUUUGUCGCUCAGCAUUAACAUUAGCACCAUGAAAAUAAUUUGCAAUGUUUUGUAAAAAUUCAGCCAUUGCAUGUUAAGAAUGUUGAUUGGUGUUUUGUUUUAUUUGAAGUCAUUAAAAUUGCUUUA